AUGCAUGAUUUUUCAGCAUAUGCAAUUGAGAAGAGUUCUGAUGCGGAGUCUUUACUGAAGAACAAUUACUAUUUGGAUACACCAAUUGAUGUACAGAUUGGUCAUAUUGAGUUCAUUUCUGAGUUUGUAGCUGUUGUAAAUGGUAAAAUGAAAAUAUCAUUUGUAUUCAACCAGGAUGAAGCGGAAGGUGUUGUUAAUGAAGAAAUAACGCACUUGACACUCCAACAGUGCUAUAAAGAUAUUUAUUACAACAUUAAAUGA